AUGACAAUGUUCUCAUUCACUUGCCUAUUUGUUUAUCAGGCUGAACAUACUGGAUCCGUUUUCUUCAUCGAUAGUUCAACUCAUCAAUUUCUUCGCACUCAAUCAACCAGCGAUGUUGCUCAGUCGCAAUCAAUGCUGCUGUAUGAAGUUGGUGCUGCUGUAUCAGUCUUGCUUGGUUUUGCACCACCUACUAUGCUUUCAGCUGCCGGUUCAUCUAAGCUGAAUGAGGUUCUCAUUCCAAAUCCAUUUGAUAGACCCCGUGCUGUUUUUCUGCUUGAAGUCACUGGAGUUGAUGAUCCUCUUGUUGUAGACCCCAAGAAUGCUCUCUUCAGCAAUGCCUUGAAGUGUGUUGAUCUUGGUUCAAGAGCAGACAUUCAGCUUCCAGAUGAAGAGGAAGUCUCUGUGAUUUCUUUGGAUGAGCCUCUGGGAGAUCACACUGAAGAAGAGAUCAAUGAUUUUGCAUCUUGGUUGGGUGGAUUGUAUGUUACUGAUGCUACGAAACCUCUGCAAGGAGUCUUGACUAUUCCCUUGGCAAAUGGUGACAAUGUGAAUCUUCAUAUGUCAAAGAAAGUACACAGGGAAUUUGCAUCAAAACUGUUGGCUCUGUCCCACAAUAUAAGGAAAGCAAUGAAGAUGCAUGAAGAUUUGUCACAGACUUUGCACAGACCUGCUGAGUUAAUAAUGGGUUCUUUUGAUGCAAUUAAGGCUAUGCAGGAGCAGGAUGACGCUGAGGGUAUUGAUAAACAAGGAGUGAGGCUUCUGCUUGCCACAAUUUCCAAGAUAUUUGAUUCAUUGCAGACAGCUUAUGAAGGUCAAAUUGUUGGAGCUAUUGUCUUUAAUGGGGUACCUCAGCCAGAAUCAAAAACGUUGAUGAAUGUGAUGUUUACCUCUCGUCCAUCUCCGCGUUGGUUGGCAGAAACAAAAAGCUCUCAGAAUAUCACGGAUGCUGCACAAGUGUUAGUUAGAAGGACCCUUGCUUGGGUAACUGGACUAGUUCUAGUCAUUGCAACUCUUUUAGGGGUUUACUUCCUUCUCAAUAUGCCACUGACAAGGGACACACUUUUGUAUUCUAAUGUCAAGUUAGACUAAGCUGGAAUAGGCCCAAGUACAAUGAAUAUUUGAACUCUCAAAAGCAGCCCCAGUGUGAUUUAUCCUUUAUUACCAGGCAAUUCACGGUCAUCUUAUUACCUUCUAUGAAGCUGUUGGUGUAGGAUAGGUUAAUCUGGACAGCCAGCAAUUUUUUUUUUCCUUAGGCUUUAGUAGCUUAUAUCAAGUAGAAAUUGUACUAUCAAAAGGUUGGGGUUCCUUGGCAAGGGUGAGUGCUAUUGGGCAAAGAAGAUUGAGCUUUACGAUUGUAUCCAUCUGGUGGUAAAGGAUUAGUUUCGGUUAUCUAUUUGAUUUCAACUAGAUUUUGGCUUGUGUUAAUGUAUGUUUUGUCAUUUCAUGUGCUGAUAAUUGUAUUUCGAAAUUCUGAAUAAUGAAAAUUUCUCAUCAAUCAUGGAACAUUGUUGUACAAAAA